AUGUAUAUAAAGAAUCAACUAAUUCCUUUAGAACAACUUGAAAACAUGGAAGGUUGCAGACAAAACACAUUGUCUCUUCCUUUUUCUAGCAUGCAUUUGAUACAGAUGGAUUCUGUACAGCGUUGGAUGGACGACUUGAGAUUGAUGGCAGAAUGUGAAUGCAUGUGCAUACUUCAGUCAAAGCCCAUCAGUGUGGAUGGUGAUGGACUCAAUGAACUAGUCAUAACAUCUCAACAAAAUUUACAAGACAGCUUGCAGACACUAUUGAAGAGAGCGUGGACAAUAACCACAGAACUGUCCAAUAUUUUCUACAAGCUUGAAAAAAACAGGUGGCAAUGGAUUCACUGCACUGCAGUGAGGCUGAACUGUCAUGUCAGGUCACUGAUAAGUGAAUACAACAGUUACACUAGGAAUGCUUCAGUGGAGAUACAACAGUUUGAAACGAUUUUAAUAGAGAAGUGCUGUCACCUGACUACAAUAACUGAGAGCUGUAUGCAUGAUGAAGAUGAAGCAACAGUUUCCUCUGUGAAAACUGAGAUUGUUGAUACCCUAACAUCAUUUAGCCAGUCAUUCAGUCAGAUGGUGGAACUAGCGUUAACCCAUGAAAUACAGGAUCUGGUGAUGCAAUUAGAUUCAGCAACCAGCAUAUAUAAUAUUGAGAUAGCUGUCAGUAGCCUCAUUAGCUUGACACAAGAAGGUGCUCACUUGUGUCACAUCAUUGCCAAGGAAGGAGGGGUGGCAGUACUUUUCAAGCUGUGCAGACAGGACGCUCCUAGUUAUUUGCACGUGCAUGCCCUUAGAGCACUGACAUCAAUAUGUAGUGUGGAGGAAGGCAUCAAUGAACUUGAGAAGGUGGGUGGUGUGCUGUGCUUGGCUGAUCUCCUCACUAAUGAAAGAAAUUCUGAAGCCACUCGUGCAGAAGCUGCAGCAGUGGUUUCACAAAUUACAUCUCCACACGUCUUCACACAGCAUCUCAGCAGCUUCUUAGAGAACAUGGAGGACAUAGUAACAGCACUUAUCAAUUUAUGCAAAGAUGCCUCAUCGAGUGAAGUGUUCCUGCUGGCUUCAGCUGCUCUUGCCAACAUCACAUUCUUUGAUUCAAUGGCCUGUGAGAUUUUGUUGCAGCUGAAUGCAACAAAAAUCCUUAUCGAAGCCUGUCAUGACCUUCGGAGAGUUGACACUCCUUACUCCAAAGAUCAGGUAGUGACAAUACUGGCAAAUAUGGCUAUACUAGAGCCAUGCGCUUCUGAGAUGAUACAAGAAAAUGGUAUAGAGCUUUUACUGGAGUUUCUCCACGAGAAAAUUUCACCAGGGAUUUCAGCAGAAGGUGCAGCAUUGGAAAGAGUAUUACAAAAGUCUGCUGUUACACUCGCUCGUCUAAGCAGACAACCAGACAUAACCAACAUUGCCACAAGUCUUAACUGUAUUCCUCGUCUGAUUGAGCUCUGUCGAUUCCCCUCAGAGCGGAAUAACAGUGAUUCAGUGUUAGUUGCGUGCCUGGCAGCAUUGCGGAGACUGGCAGCUUCCUGUCCACAAAGCUUUGAGGAAUCAGACUACCAGCAGCUAAUUAAACCUCGGCUUGUAGACUCUUUUUUGCUCUGCUCGAAUAUGGAAGAAAGUUUUGUCUGAAAGUGAUCUGGAAAAGUCUGAAAGACACUUGAAGUCCUGGAUUUAAUCACAACUGCUUCAGAAAAGUGCUACAUUUUAAUGCUUUCAUUCAUAAAACAUAAAGCAAAUGCUAUUAUAAAUUUUACAAGGAAACAUCAAUGGAAAGUGCUGCAAUGUUUCAUACUGUUGAACAUUCUCAAAGGAUGUGCCUCCAGUCAAAUCUCAUUCUACCAUAAUCACACUGAACAUUUCUGCACUAAGACAUCAACAAAACUUAUUUGAAAUAUGUGGAAAAUUUUGUUUCCUUACUUCACUUCCCAGUGGACUAAAAUGUAAUCCAUGAUGACCAGAAACUGACUUUGCAUUUAUAUGCUUGGAAUGAACAUUCCUUGGCUGCACUAUAUUCAAUCAAAUCAUUCCCUAUUAAGAGAGUGUGGAUGUCCAAUGUCACUAUCCUUCACACAUAAGGAAGAUUUUGGGCCCUGAGGUAAACAAAAUUAUUCAGGAAAAUUUACUGGGAUAAUUUUCAAUUUCCAUUGGCAGGUGGAUGAUUUGUUCACCCACUGAGAGGUGCUCAGGUAAAACAUAAAUCCUUCAACAUUUCUAGUUACCUCAUUCUUAGCUCAUGUGUUACUCUAAGCUCUCUCUCUGUCAGACUACAGCAGUCCCAAUAACAGUUUUCCUGCUUUCCUUUGAGGAAUAUGGGAAGAGUAGCAGUUGAUUUGUUCCGUUAAAUGCUCCCUUAUUCAAAAAGAACAUAGCUGAUCUGGUUUUUUUCUCUGAGUCCAUAGUCAUGAAUUUCCUUCACUAUGAAAAGUCUAUAUAACUCAGCCUUGAAUAAAUUCAAUGACUCAGUCUCCACUACCUUCUGGGGAAGAUAAUUCAAUAUACUAAUGGCCCUUUGAGAGAAAAUGUUCAAUGGGCCAACUAAUAACACUCUAAUAGUUUUGCUGCUUCUGAGAAACACCCAACUAUUUUGUGUCUCUGAGCUAUUCACACUGCUUUCCAAGUUUCAGGCAAUUUUGGUGAGUCUGGAGUAAACAAGACUCUUCAGGAAAAGAUACUGCGAUAAUUUUCAACUUCCAUUAUUGGGUGGAUGAUUUACUCUGCCAGGUCUUCACCCAGGAGGCGCAGUUAAAAAUUAACCCAUUGUCUUCAAAACUUUAUUCUUUAGAAGUUACAUAAUUACUGUCAACAGCUCCUUUUUUUUGAUUACUUACAGUGUGGAAACAGGCCCUUUGGAAACAAGUCCACACUGACCCUCCAAAGAGCAAUCC